AUGGACAGAAUGCCAAAUGAUGCCUGCCCUAUUAACGAAUCGGUACAAGAGGUGGACGAAAAUUCUUGGGUUAUUGGAUACAGAAUACUUCUUACUCGACAACGCUUCCCUUCAUCCAAGUACACGUGGAAUGAUGGCAAAGGCUUCUUUUACGUUUUUUCCGAAGCACCAUGCCCACUACCGGCAUCUCGACCCCUGGCAGCCACGACCCACAUCGAGAUGAUCUAUGAUGCUGGUGGGGCAUCAGCAGUGUGGAGCAUCGGUGAUGCCUUCUGCAAAGUCAAAAUCCUGGAUCCUGAUGCCACACGAGAGCACGUUACGUUAGACUACCUUUACAAAAGACGUCCCCUCAGUUUUGCAAUUCCAGAUGUUCAUUACCAUGCAGAGAAUGACGGUCGAUACUAUAUCAUUCUGGGUAGAUUGGCUGACCAAACUCUGACUGAAGCAUGGCUUAUUAUCGACGAGACAAUGAAGCAACACUAUGUUUCUCGAAUCGCGGAUAUCUGCAAGGAGCUAGCAGUAUGGCAGGGCGAUGGUAUCGGCGGCGUUGAUGGCAAGCACCUAUCGGAUCAUUUUCUUACUCAGCUUCAAUUAUCCGUUGACUGCAGUCCUCGAAGCCUAUUGAAUAGUUGCAAGGAAGUAGAGAUGGAUUGGUCUACGAUUAUUUUCUAUCAUUGCGACUUGGGGCCUGGGAAUAUAAUUGUGGAAGCCGUAGAAGGAUCAAUAGGAAUUAUUGACUGGGAAACAGCCGGAUUUGUUCCUAAAGAAUGGGUAAGGAUAAAUUUCUGUAUUUCAAGCGGGAUGGACCUGCCGGGAAGCGAUCAAGGUUCUAGAGUGGAUUGGAGAAGGAGGUUGCAGAGAUAA